AUGGGUGUCCCAGCGCUCUUCCGAUGGCUUUCCACCAAAUAUCCGAAGAUCAUCUCUCAGGUGAUUGAGGAGUUGCCCCAAGAAGUCGAUGGCGAAGAAAUUCCCGUUGACACAACGCGCCCAAACCCCAAUGGAGAGGAGAUGGAUAACCUGUACUUGGAUAUGAACGGUAUUGUUCAUCCUUGUACUCACCCCGAAGGGCGACCCCCACCAGCCAAUGAGCAGGAGAUGAUGCUUGAGAUCUUCAAGUAUACUGACCGGGUUGUCAAUAUGGUUCGCCCAAGGAAACUGCUCAUGAUUGCUAUCGAUGGUGUUGCGCCGAGAGCAAAGAUGAACCAGCAGCGUUCGCGUCGAUUCCGAUCCGCCCAAGAAGCUAAGGAAAACGACGAGAAGAAGGAAGAGCUCCAGAAGCUCCUGGCACGACAGCGUGCAGAGAGGGGCGAGGAUUCUGUCAUGGAAGAGCAGGCUGUCCAUAAGACUUGGGAUAGCAACGUCAUCACUCCCGGAACUCCAUUCAUGGAUAUUCUGGCUGCUUCUUUGCGUUACUGGAUUUCUUACAAGCUCAACACUGAUCCUGCUUGGGAGAAGCUUAAAAUUAUCAUCUCCGACGCUACAGUCCCUGGAGAAGGCGAGCACAAAAUCAUGGAAUUCGUGCGAUCACAAAGAGCGUCGCCGGAGCACGACCCCAAUACGCGCCAUGUCAUCUAUGGUCUUGACGCCGAUCUCAUCAUGUUGGGACUUGGGACCCAUGAACCUCAUUUCCGAGUCCUGCGUGAAGAUGUCUUCUUCCAGGAAUCCAAGCCUCGUACCUGCAGAUUGUGUGGACAGGUUGGUCACAAGGCUGAGGAAUGCACGGGCAAAGCGAAGGAAAAGAGUGGAGAGUUUGACGAGAAGCAGAACGCGGUUGCGCUCAAACCAUUCAUCUGGCUUCAUGUCUCGGUUUUGAGAGAGUAUUUGGCUGCGGAAUUGCAUGUUCCUCAGCAGCCAUUUCCCUUUGAUCUCGAGCGAGCUCUGGAUGAUUGGGUUUUCAUGUGUUUCUUCGUUGGAAACGAUUUCUUGCCCCAUCUUCCUGCCUUGGAUGUUCGUGAGAAUGGUAUCGAUACUCUUAUCGCUAUCUGGCGUGACAGUCUUCCGGCCAUGGGAGGUUAUUUGACUCAAGAUGGUCAGGUCAACUUCGCCAGAGCUCAAAUGAUUCUUCAAGGUGUCGCCAAACAAGAGGAUGCCAUUUUCCGACGCAGAAGACAGGUCGAUGAAAGAAAGGCUGCUAACCAGAAGAGACGCGAGGAGCAAGAAAAGGCUCGGAAUGACCACGCCAGCAAGCGACGACGAAGCUCCCCAUCUUAUGACAGGCCAACUCACAAUCGAUCACAAGGCGGCGAUAAUGCCCCACCUGCUGGAUUGGAGCUCAUCACUCCAGGCCGUGGCCACUUGGCCAAAGAGACUAGGGACUUGACCCACAGCAUGGUCGUAAACAGAGGUGCGGUGUAUCGCGCCAAUAUGGAGAAUAAAAGUGCUGCUGCUGUACUCAAGAGCAAGCUCAUGAGAGGUGGUGCUGCGGCUGAACCCACUACCGAAAGUGAAUCGGCUACAGGAGAAGACACACCAACUGAAGUUCCUGAACAGACUUCACCUUCGGUUCUCGGAAAGAGAAAGGCGGAUGAGGAAGACUCGGAGAAGCAGGAAGAAGACUCGGGAACUCCAGGCAGAGAUUCACCCCCUCCCCCUGCUCCCAAACCCAAGGAGAAUGAUGAACCCCAGGAUACUGUCCGACUUUGGGAACCUGGAUAUGCCGAUAGAUACUACGAGCAGAAGUUUGGUGUUGAUCCCGAGGAUCAUGAAUUCCGUCACAAGGUCGCCCGCGCCUACGCGGAAGGUCUUGCUUGGGUGCUGCUUUAUUAUUUCCAGGGCUGUCCUUCGUGGACUUGGUACUACCCUUACCAUUACGCUCCGUUCGCCGCGGACUUUGUGGAUAUCUGUGAUAUGUUAUCCGAAUUUAGCAAGGGCCAGCCAUUCAAACCCUUCGAGCAGCUGAUGGGAGUUUUGCCGGCAGCCUCUAACCACGCCCUACCGGAAGUGUUCCAUGACCUUAUGAGCAACCCCGAGAGUGAAAUAAUCGAUUUCUAUCCCGAAGACUUCCCCGUGGAUCUCAACGGCAAAAAGUUUGCCUGGCAAGGUGUAGUUUUACUUCCAUUCAUUGAUGAGAAGCGUCUCUUGAAUGCAAUGGAGAAGAAGUAUCCUCUUCUGACUGAAGAAGAGCGGAUUCGUAAUACUCAUGGCCACGAAGUAUUGCUACUCUCUGAUCAACACCAACUCUAUCAAGACCUUGUUGGAAACUUCUACUCCAAGAAGCCUGGUCCUCCCCAGCAUACCUUGAACAUGCGUCUCAGUGAUGGCUUAGCCGGCAUAGUCGAACGCAGCGAUACAUACAUUCCACAUGGAUCUCUAGUCUCCAACUUGGAGGACUAUGGCAUGCCAGGUCUAGAUGAUGACCGUUCCCUUACGGUUAACUACGUGAUUCCAAAAUCCUCUCACCUCCACAAGUCCAUGCUGCUCCGUGGGGUCAAGUUCGCAACUCCAAUGCUGAACUCGGCAGACAUUCGCGCUACUCAGGGCCGCGCUCAACAUUCAGGUCGUUCAUACGGAGGCGCUCCAUUCAAUAAUGGACGAGGACGAGGACGAGGUGGUCAUAAUGAUUACAACCCAGGUCGCCCCAAUCCCUUUGCGGCGCACAUUGACCCUCGUUUCAUGAACAUUCCCCAAGGUGGACCACCAGCAGGAGCCCCGGGCGGCAUGCCCAUGAUGCCUCCUGGGUGGGUACCUCCUCAGCAAGGUGCGGGUGACUACUCGCGAGGCCCACCCCCACCCCCACGAGGCGGAAUGUCUCACCAGUACCCUCCUCGAGACUAUCAGGGUGGACAUAACUAUGGCUCCCAAGACAAUCGAGGUGGCCGAGGUGGUUACCGUGGAGGCCGACACCGUGGCAACAAACAAGGAGGAAACCGGGGAGGCAGAGGUGGUGGUGGCUAUGGACAUUACUGA